GGGCGCGCCGGGGCGGCGGUCCCGCCCCCGGCAUGGCGGCGAUGGGCCGCGCCGCCCGGGGCUGGGCGCGCUCGCAGCCCUGCGCCCUGGCGCUGGCCGCCGCCCUGGCCGUCUGCGCCUUCUACUACCUGGGCGGCGGCGGCGAGACCUUCUCCAGCGCCACCCGCCGCCUCCGCGCCACGCCGCCCGCUCCGGCCCACCGCCACCCCCAGCGCGCCGCCGGGGAGGCGGCGGCGGCGGCGGCGGGGGGCCGCGACCUGCACCUCCUGAUGAUGUUCACCAAGGCGGAGCGGAGCCCGGCGCUGCGCGCCAAGGGGCAGGCGGCCCUGCGCUCCCUGCUGCGGCACGGCCGGCUGGGCGGCGGGGACGCGCUGCACCUCCACCUCGUCACCGAGGGCGCCAGCCGGGACAUCGGCCUGGGGCUGCUGCGGGACCUGCUGCGCGGCGCCGCCUUCCGGCACCAGGUAAUAGUCCAUGAUGUGAAUGAGCUGACGGAAAAGCUGUUUCCAAUCGUUGAAGCCAUGCAGAAACACUUCAGCGCUGGAUCAGGGACCUACUACAGCGACUCGAUCUUCUUUUUGUCAGUUGCAAUGCAUCGCAUCAUGCCCAAAGAAAUAACACAGAUCAUCCAGGUAGACUUGGACCUGAAGUACAAGACCAACAUCCGAGACCUGUUUGAUGAGUUCGACAACUUCCCAGAGGGAGCAGUCAUUGGGAUUGCCAGGGAAAUGCAGCCAGUGUACAGGCACACGUUCUGGCAGUAUCGCCGCGAGAACCCCCAAACCAAAGUGGGGGACCCCCCUCCUGAUGGGCUGCCCGGCUUCAACAGUGGCGUCCUGCUCCUGAACCUGGAAGCCAUGAGGCAGUCCAAGCUCUACAACCAGCUGCUGGAGCCCACCGUGGUGCAGAAGCUGACAGAGAAGUACCACUUCAAGGGCCACCUCGGGGACCAGGAUUUCUUCACCAUGGUGGGGAUGGAGCACCCAGAGCUCUUCCAUGUGCUUGACUGCACGUGGAACCGGCAGCUUUGCACGUGGUGGAGGGACCAUGGAUACAGCGACGUGUUCGACCAGUACUUCCAGUGCGAGGGUGAGGUCAAAAUUUACCACGGGAACUGCAACACCCCGAUCCCUGAAGACUAGGGCACCCGCUGCCCCCGGGAGCAGCUCUGACUGCAGCAAGCCCUGCGAAACCAUAGUGGCUGCACCAGCAGUCCCUCAGGAAGGGUGGCCAGCCCUGAUCCUUUGCAUCCCAGGCAGAUCCGUAGGGAUCCCAAGAGCGUUCAGUAUCCCAUUGCCUGUAGCCUCACCCCUCCAGGAGGAAGUGCAGUCCGGUAGUUGGAGCAGGACAUCCACAGUCACCAUGCCUGGGCUCAGCUCCUGGCUCUGCUUGGGGCAAGUCCGUGGUACCCGUCUGUGCCACAGCCACUGGGACAUGGGGACAGCCAAGGGGCCAUCAGGUGACCGCUGCUUUUGCACAUGGCGGGGUGCUGCUCCCUGGGUGCUGUGCAGCCUUGCCUUGUCUAAUGAUCGGCAGGAGUCCACAGCCGGGCAGUUGGGUUUCAUUUUGGCACUCCUUGGUGGCCCAUUUCUGCAUCUCACGCAGAGCAUCCGUCUGGUCCCUCUGGAGAGCAGAUGCCGUCCUCAGGUCAUCUUCCUUUUGAAGCAUUCCAGAAAGGUGAGAGGGUUUUAAAGACUGAAAAGCUGCUUUAAAUUGGGUUACUUACAAACAAAAAUUGAAUGCUAGAUGUGCUUUAAAGCCUUCUGUUGGUUCUUCUUAGCAAUAAAAGUUUUACUGCCCUAUCUUGUCUUAGAAGUGUUCGGUGAGCGUGUACCAAUAGGUUCGUUUUUCUAGCUUUGCCUUUAACCUUUUGUACGAGAAUAAAGCUGCACAUGUAAAACACA